AUGUCAGAAUUAUAUUUCCUGACAAUUAAGACAUGUCCCUAUAUUUUCUGGCUUCCAUUCGUCUACACCUAUGGAUUACGUGGUGAGAAAUGCGUGACAUCUUUUCAAGGAGCAUUUCUUCAAAGGCACAGCUACAAAUCCGCUGCCGUGUCGGACAUGUUUACCUGCUAUUACAUGUGCAAAGAUGACCAACUUUGUCAAAGCUUGAACUUUUACAGGGAGGGAAGUUUGUGCGAGUUGAACAACAGAACGCGUUCUGCGACUUUACCACUGAAUUUUAUUCUGAGACGAAAUGCAUUUUACUUGGACAAUCCAUUUCGAGGUGAGUUGAAAUUUUCGCACAUUCAUAAAUUGCUUUUGUAAACUUGGAGCUGAACAGAGAUUUAAUCUUUUCUUGAGUGUAUACCUCUAUAGGGAGUUGGACCCUGACUUACAAAAGGAGGCUCGCAUUCACCGUGUAAACAAACAAACAAACAAAUAAACAACUAACAAACAAUCUUAGAUAAUGACAAAAUGAUAGUAGACAGAUUUUCAUUGGCUAGAAAACCCUAUUGAAUAUUAUUUAUAUUUUCGUUUUAACAACACCAAAUUAAAUACAGGCAAAAGACAACUACUUUUGCUGUGGUUAUUUCAUCAUUUUCGACAGGAACCUAUAACUCAGAGCAAGCAGCUCCCUUGUGCCGCCUAUACAACGACUUUUUCACAGACCAGUUUAUUUUUAGAAAGAUUUUCCGGCGAAUUUUGAAUAUCAAAAUAAGCCACCAAAAGCCGGACACCAGAAAAAAGUGUUUCUGAUGUUUUGAUAACAUUUACUUCUUCUUUUUGUAAUUAUCGUACCUUGGAAUGGAUGUGUGCGCGCGCAUAAGGAACGGUGCUUCUAUUUUUGCGGGAAAAGUUCCCAAACAUGAUGCUAAAAAUAACUUGAUCUACGCCGUUGCAUAAGCUAAGUAUGGGAGUUGUCCAGUUUUAUUUUUAAUUUAUUUUUUAACGAAAGAGCGACCCAGGGGUACAGAGGUCAGUUUCAACGUCCAAAUCGUUCGCAAUGCAAAAUACGCCUGCUUUGGAGGCUAGAAUUCACGCGAUAAGCCCAGUCUAUCCUCAAAGAUUCAUUUAUUUGCUUUCGGUGCAAGAGAAGCCGAAAGGCAUCCCAACGCAAGAAGAAUUGAUUAAAACAAUGCGAUGGGACGUUUUGGCCUCUGUUUCAUGUUAAAACCGUUGCCACUUGUAUCGAAAGCAGUUACUACCUGAAAUAAUUACCCCCGAACGAAAUAAAAAGAUUCGUUUGCAUAAUUAUGAUUCUCUUUGCUGCUGGUAAAAUAUCUCCUUACGGUAAUCAAGUUUGACUGAUGCCGCUAUAUUUCUAGCGAAACAAUUUUAUGCAGUCAUAACCAAUUUUUUGUUCGAGCUGCUUCGCGCUAGCUUUAUACCAAACCGAAGUUGUUCAGAACACUGUGUAUGCCUAUUCCAUGGCAUUCAUCUUGCCUGAUAAUGCCAUUGCUAAAAGUAAACAACAGUUUUUGCUCACGUUAUCUUAAUUUGCACGCGAAAAGUAAUAUUCAUUAUUCAUUCCUUUUUAGCUAUUGAAACUAAAAUAUAAACAGUUUGACGCAGUUUUUAUUUAUUGUGUCCAACUGUUUAUAUUUUACGGUUACUUUAUGCACAUGGCGAUAAUAAUUAAAUAUAAUGAAAGUCUUCCUUUGUUGAAGUGUGCCGCCAAGCAGCAUUUACCUCGGUAAACCGUUAGCUCUUCGCCCUUUUUUCAAAUGUAUCAAAAGUUCGAUGAACCACUUAUAUUAAUCAAUCUAUGUUUAAUUUGCUGACCUUAUUUCAGUCGUGAUUUUUGACGAACACGACCAUGAAAUAUUUUCAAUUAACACUUUUGUUUAUCUCUUAGCAGUUUACAAUAUCAGCAAUUCAUGUCUUUUGACAGCGUUUCUAGGUUCAACAUCUUUGCUUCCCGCUUCGUCGUGUAAAGAAAUUAAGGACGCCUCCGAAGGCCUGGCGCCUAAUGGACGAUACUGGUUGGACUCGGGAGGGCUUGGAGACCAACCUUUCAGUGCAUUUUGUGAUAUGGAAAAGGAAGGUAAUUUUCCAGUUCAGUAACUCCAGAGAGAAUGGGUACAAGCUUUGGAGGCAGUGAUUUCUGGGUUUGAUUGGGUGGAAAAACGUUGGUUAUGAUUGGUCGAUGGUUUUCAAGUUGACCCUUAACCUAUCGUAUAUGAUAGGUUAAGGGUUAGCUUGAAAACGAUUCACUGAAACAAUCCCAGAAAUCAUUGCGCCGAAGACUUGUACCCAUUCCCCUGAUAGUUCCUGGAAUGAGGGGAAUAGACACUUGCGCUGGCACUGGAACUCGCACGCAUUUUGAGACAAGUUUUAGAGGUGGUCAGUUACUAUGGUUAAGAGAUAUGACGUCGUAAGUAGCAUCUGCGGUGAAGCCAUUUUUGAGUGAAAAUGCAUGUUUUCUCAGCUUCUUUCAACAAUAAAAUUAUAGAUUGUGGCUAAAAUGAUACAAAGUGCUUAUUCAUAUGUUAUUUACAUGUCAAGCAGAAAAAAUUACGAUCUCUUGCGGUUUUAACCUGAUUUAUAAUUCUUGGUAAAAUCCAAGAUGGCAACUAUUGUUGGUGACGUCACGGGUCUCCAGCAGCGCCACCAUCCAUAAAAUAUACCUUGUCUUGUUGAGAAGAUCCAAGGCUUUCCACUGAAGGCAAGAUCGUUUCAAAAUACUGCAACAUAUCAAAACCUCCGGGGAGGUGUUUCAUCAACUCCCCUUGUACCACGGUAGUAGUAUGAAUUUGUGUGUACCCCCGAGGGUCAAAGUGACACCGGUAUUGACUAAUUAAAGCCAGAAGUACUCGGUCGAAACAUCGCGAUCAAUAAGAAAGCGACUGUCUAGAGACAAGGGAGAAAAUAGCUUAUUAUACACAUACUACGAUGAGUAUAUUUCAUUACAUUAAAAUCAUCAAAAAAGGUAUACAAAAAAGGUGGAGAGAGAAUUUCCUAUGUUUGAAUGCCUCGACUAUACUUUAUUAAUCUGUGAUUGCUACAAGGAUUAGAGAGUAAUUUCAAUAUAUUUGUAAUUUGUUCAAAGUCGUUGUAGAGUGCACAGGAAACCCAUGUCAAAACGGAGGGACCUGUGACUAUCAGGGGGAGGGACAGUACACUUGCCGGUGCGUAGCAGGGCACGGUGGAAUACAUUGUGAAGGAGGUGAGUAGACAGCAGUUAAUCCUUGCUAUAAAUUGAGACCAUUACAGGAAGGUAAAUCUACAAAUUUGAUCUUUAAUUGAAGAUAUAAGUGAAUGAUUCCUCUUAUGAAGAGAAAUGUAUAAUUGUUAGAAACCCUUCCUUUCAGAUACAAACAUGUGUUCCAGCAAUCCAUGUCUGAAUGGGGCAACGUGCACGAACAUUUUGAAUGGUUACAUCUGCACAUGCUCAUCACACUUCUCAGGCCCGCGUUGCGAGGUUGCUACAGGUAAGGUUUUUUUUACACCGCCAUGAUGACUAUCACAAAAUCAGAGCAAAAAACAGUUGUUUGUUUAGUCUGACAUUUUGAGAGGUAAUCCUCUCGGAAACAGUUGUCUAGGAUAUUGAGGCGAAUUGAAAAAAAGCUUAAAAACCUUUUCUUAUGAAGAAAAGUGGUACCGAGAGGGGGGAGGGGUUAGUUGUGAUUUCCUCACUAUUGAGCUUUUUUGCAGUGUAAAUAAAUUCUGGAAGAUUAUGCCUUAAAAACUAGUAACAAUUUGAGGGCGAGCCCUAUGUAAACGCUCUUGUUCCAAAGCUGUGCUUUGCGCAAGUUUCCCAAGAUAGAAGAAUAAACGCGCGUGAUUAGAUUACCCUCUAAGAAUAUCAUUCAUUCUCAGUGUAAGUCCAAACUGGCAGCUUUAUAAGUGCUGCGCAUGUGUAGUAGUGACCUGGAGAUUAGGAUUGCGUGCUCCUCUGGUCACCGCAAUUAAUAAAAGACUGCGGUUUGUUAUACAGUUUGACUCAUUUAAGGGAUCUGACACUGCUGGAAACUUGCGACCCAGUUUAUACGUGCACUUCGCCGCUUACACAUUUAAAUAGGCAGAUUUAAACCAAAGACAACCGCUACCUUAGUGACGAAGGCGUGCGCAAGGCUAAAAACCGGCGCAAGUUGCAGUUAGUCAUUUACUUGGUACAAGAUCACUAAGGGACACACUCCCAUCAUUUAUAUUGUAAAUUUCCUUUGUUUGUCUUGACCCUGUUCGUGCUCUUUUCUCCCGCAUGGUUAUCUAUUUCUCUAUUUCAUUCGGAUUUCUCGAUUCCUAGAUAUAAUACUGUAACAUAUGGUAAACAUCAUUUAAGGUACCUUGGGCCUAGCUUAUGGCGAAAAUUACCUCCUGAUUUGACAUCAGCGAAAACUCUAAACAUCUUUAAAAGUAGAAUUCGUAAAAGUGAUAUAAGCUCAAUGAUAGAUGAUGAAUGUAAGAGCUGUUCUCUCUGCAAAUCAUAACCAUUUAAUUCUCUCAGUUAUUUUAGAUUAUCAUUAGAGUACAAUAUAUUGUGCGUAGUUUAAAUAUUUUUUACUUUCAUAUUUUAAAAGUAAUUCCAAUUACUUAAUUAUAAAUUGUGUCCCCAAAUUAGUAUGGGGUUGUUCCCAAGCUAUACGGCUCCGACACAUUAAUAAAGUUUUCUAUUCUAUUCUCUAUUCUACCACGUGAACGACUAACUGCAAAGAACCUGUGAACAUUCACCCGCCCGCUUUCAUUUUCUCGUUCCGACGUUGCUUUGUAUUUGCUUAAUCUUCCUGCUUUGUUAAUAUUCAACAUUUAUAGGUUCUGAAUGCAGCUCUUACACUCUGAACAACGAAACCGACCGUAGCGUGUUAUUUGCACAAGUUGGUGCGAUAUACAGAUGCGACAAGACAUUGGUUACAGCGUGGUACCGCUUUAACAGCACUGCAGGCACUAAAAUGCCCACCACGUGCGUGUCUAAAAACAAGUGCAACACGCAUGCGACCGGAUGGCUGGAUGGCGUACACCCCACCCCCCAGGAAGGCGUCGUCAACAGACGUGUGUGUUUUCAUUGGAGCAGCAACUGCUGCAACUGGUCGAUAACAAUUAAAGUCAGGAACUGUGGACUGUUUUUUGUGUACAGACUAGUUAAAUCACCACAAUGUCAACUCCGUUAUUGUGUCACUAAUUGA